AUGGAGUCACUCUUAGCCGACACACCAAUGUGUCGCCCAUACCUAGAUGAUAUUAUAGUUAGCGGGAAGACAGAUGAAGAGCACAUCGCCAACUUGCAAGCUGUACUGCAUUGCCUAGAGAGUAAUGGACUUCGACUGAAAAGGGAAAAGUGUGAGUUCAUGAUGGACUCGGUGGAGUUCCUUGGCCACAAGCUGGAUCAGCAUGGAGUUAGCCCACUCCCAGACAAGAUAGAAGCCAUAAAGAAGACUCCAAGACCACAAAACCAGAGUCAACUACAGGCAUAUCUAGGACUUCUGGGAUACUAUCGGAAGUUCAUACCGAAUUUGACCAAAGAGAUAGCCCUACUAAUAACACUGUUGAAGGCAGAGUAUGCUUCAGUGCCAAAGAAGCGAGGCGACCGGAACAAAGCAGAUCCAAACCUGAAGUGGGGAGGAGACCAAGAAAGAGCCUUCCAGAAAUCAAAGGAACUGGUUCAGAGUGACACAGUGUUGACACACUACGACCCCAGUAAGCCUUUGUUGUUGCAAUGUGAUGCAAGCCCCUAUGGUCUAGGUGUAGUCCUCAGCCAUGUAGGAACAGACGGUCUAGAGCAGCCAAUUUCAUUUGCAUCGCGCACGCUCACCAGAAGUGAAGCAAAUUACGCCCAAUAUGAAAAGGAAGGACUCUCUGUGAUUUUUGGUGUAAAGAAAUUUCACAAGUACCUGUACGGAAGACGAUUUACAAUCGUCACAGACCACAAGCCGCUGUUAGGAAUUUUCGGUGACACCAAACCUGCAAGCCCCAUGGCCUCAGCACGGUUAGCCAGGUGGCACAUGAUCCUCUCAGCCUACGACUAUGACAUCAUACACAAGGAAGGCAAACAGCACCAGAAUGCAGAUGCCCUUUCACGCCUACCCUUGGCAGAUGAUCAAACAGUAUGGUCGCACCAGAGUCUUGCAGAGCUGGAUGAGGAGCCUCCAGUUCAAAUCAACAUGCUGGAUAUUGACACAAGGCCAGUAGAAGCCGAUGAAGUCAGAAGAAUCACCAAAAGGGAUCCUGUUCUUGCAAGAGUGACAGCCUAUGUGAUGAAUGGAUGGCCAAACCCCAAGAACGUUCCACCAGAGCUCAAAGUCUUUGCGCAGAAGAAGGAAGAACUCUCGAUUGAGGACGACAUCAUAUUAUGGGGACAUAGAGUGGUCAUUCCAGACAACAAGCAGAUGAGACAAAGGAUCCUUGAUGAACUCCAUGGGACUCAUCCAGGCAUAGUCAAGAUGAAAGCACUUGCACGAUCCUUUGUAUGGUGGCCAGGCAUUGACAAAAGUUUGGAAGAGAAGGUGAAGACCUGUACAACUUGUCAGGAGCACCAGCGAAGCCCACCACCUGCCCCUAUCCACCCAUGGGAGUUCCCAGAACGACCCUGGAGUAGGAUCCACAUCGAUUACGCCUACAUCGAUAACCAGAACGUGCUGAUUGUUGUUGACGCCUACACCAAGUGGAUUGAAGCUAUUAGAGUAGCACACGCCACUGCAGCAGCUACAGUCACUGCCAUGCGACGCCUAUUUGCAACGUAUGGUAUUCCAGAAACAGUCGUAAGUGACAACGGCACCCAGUUUGUCUCUGAAGACUUUUCGAACUUCCUGUUCAACAAUGUAGAACAUGUUCAGACAGCCCCGAAACACCCUUCCAGCAAUGGCCUUGCGGAAAGGGCUGUGCAAACCUUGAAAAAUGGAGUGAAGAAAACCAGUGGAACAUCAUUGGAGAUGCGCAUCCAAGUAUUCCUGAUGACCUAUCGGAUAACUCCACAAGGGACUACCAUGAAAACACCAAGUGAACUAAUGUUCAAAAGAAGAAUCAGAAGUAGAAUGGAUCAGGUUCGUCCAAACAUGCACAAGUCGGUUCAGAAGCAGCAAUCUGCAAUGAAACAGGCUGCAGACAAGCGCUCAAAGAUGAGACAGUUCAAGUUGAAUGAUACUGUCCUGGUGAAGAACUUUGCAGCCGGACCAACUUGGCUCAUAUGA